GGUUCCACAACUGCGGACCGGAAACAUCCGGUUUCUGGCAGGUCCAGAACAGAAUCAUCCAGAAUUAUCAGAAAAAGAAUAAUUAAAAAUGAGUUUAAACGAGGAUAAUCCGUUGCCUGAAGACGUGGAAAUUAAGGAUGACAAAUUACACUUUGUUGCACCGCCAAUUCAAGACAAUCCGGACGGCUGGGGACCUUGUGAGUUACCAGAACAGUUUAAAGACAUGCCGUACCAGCCCUUCUCCAAAGGUGACAGAUUAGGAAAGAUCGCAGAUUGGGCGGGAUCAGCCUACCAGGAUAAGAAAUUCACAAACAAAUACGCAUCGCAAUUUGGCUCUGGAAGUCAAUACGCGUACUAUCACGAUGAAGACGAGUCGACAUUCCACCUGGUGGACACGACUCGAGUCCAGAAACCACCGUACCAGCGGGGCCGCUUCGGCCGGCACAAUCAGCGCAACAUGCGCGGACGCGGAAGUCAGCGCGGAGGAAUGAAUCAGAUGCAGACGUUGAGUAAGUUGAAGCUGCGCGAGCGCGAACGCAAGGGUCAGACGAAACGCUGGGGUCGCCAGCAGGGCGGUUUCCGCAACAACCGAAACCAGCCGCAGAUAAAAAAUCGCGACGCCUCCGUGACGGUGCGUCCGGACUGGGUCACUAUCGAGGAAAUGGAUUUUCCCCGACUCGCGAAACUCUCACUUCCGGGAGUCAAGGACGGCGAGGACGUCCUCUGUUGCGGAUCUCUCGAGUACUACGACAAGUCCUACGACCGCGUCAACGUCAAGAACGAGAAGCCUCUGCAGAGAAUCGACCGCGUCUUUCACACCGUCACCACCACCGACGAUCCCAUAAUUCGCAAACUCUCCAAGACCGAGGGCAACGUUUACGCGACCGACGCGAUCCUCGCGACGAUCAUGUGCUCGACGCGGAGCAACUACUCCUGGGACAUCGUGAUUGAGAAAAUCGGCGACAAGCUCUUCUUCGACAAGCGAGACAAUACCGAGUUCGAUCUGUUGACGGUGAACGAGACGAGUGUCGAGCCGCCGCAGGACGACGGGAACUCGCUCAAUUCGCCGCGAAAUCUUGCCCUCGAGGCGACCUUCAUCAAUCACAAUUUCUCCCAGCAGGUGCUCAAGUCGAGCGAGCCGCGUUACAAAUUCGAGGAGGGCAAUCCGUUUAUUGCCGAGGAGGAGGAGGAGGGCGAUGUGGCGAGUGUGGCCUAUCGCUACCGGAAGUGGGACUUGAACAAUGGCAUUGUCCUGAUUGCGAGAUGCGAGCACGACGCGGUGAUGCAGGGUCCGAACAACGAGACGCAGUUCCUGACAAUCAAGGCGCUCAACGAGUGGGACUCGAAACUGGCGAAUGGGGUCGAGUGGCGACAGAAGUUGGACACACAGCGGGGCGCGGUUCUGGCCAACGAGUUGCGGAACAAUGCCUGCAAGUUGGCCAAGUGGACGGUCCAGGCGCUUCUGGCCGGCUCGGAUCAGAUCAAGUUUGGCUAUGUCUCGAGGGCGAUGGUGCGCGACUCGAGCAAGCAUGUGAUUCUCGGCACUCAGCAGUACAAGCCGAACGAAUUUGCGACGCAGAUCAAUCUCAAUAUGGACAAUGCUUGGGGCAUUCUCAGGUGCAUUGUCGACAUUUGCAUGAAGCAGAAGGACGGGAAGUACUUGAUCAUGAAGGACCCGAACAAGCCGAUGAUCCGGUUGUAUGAUAUUCCGGACAAUACUUUCGAGAGCGAGGGCGAGGAGGAGGAUGAUGAGGAGGAGGCUGGGAAUGAUGCCUUCCAGAGUUAAGAAGCCUUUUUCUUUUUUUUUUCUUUUUUUUAUACAUUUGACUUUUUUGCUGGCUUGUGUUUGACAGUGAGUUUUUUCCUGUAAAGGCACGUGGAUUGGUACUGUGCUAAUAAAAGGAGAAGUGCAAAUUUGA